AUGGGCCGCGGCCGUGCCAGGGGGCGCCCUCCGACCCCCUCCGACUCCUCAUCGUCGGAGGAGGAGCUCCUGCUGCCGGUCGGCGUGGAGGAGGAUGAGGACGAGGCGGACGAUGAGUCGGGGGACGACGACGAGUUCGUACUACUGCCGGUCGGCGCGGAGGUGGAGGUGCGCAGCGAUGACCCUGGCUUCGCCGGCUCCUUCUACGAGGCCACCGUCGCCGGCCACCUGCUCACCGCCGGCCGCCGCGGGCGCUACACGGUGGCCUACACCACGCUCCUGGCCGACGACGGGGACGACGAGCCGCUCACGGAGACCGCGGCCGCCGGCAACGUGCGGCCGCGUCCACCACCGCCCGAGGCGGGGAGGGAGUUCGCGGUCCACGAGAUGGUGGAGGCGUUCCACAACGACGGGUGGUGGGCCGGCGUGGUCUCCGCCGUCCUCCCGCGGCCGGUUAUCGACGGAGAUCGCCGGCAGCCGAGGGCGUACGUGGUCACGUUCCCCACGUCGCGGGAGACGCUGGAGUUCGGGGAGGCGGAUCUGCGGCCGCACCGCGUGUUCGAGGGCGGCCGGUGGGUCCCGGCUGCAGAGGUGGACAAUGGAAGUCCUUUGUUCGGUGAGGGAAACCAAGUUGAAGUGAGUGGAAAAUCCUUCGGUGCAUUCUGGAGUCCAGCUACUGUUCUUAAAGUGAUUGGUGCUACAAAUUUUCUAGUAGAGUACAUGCAUAUUGAAAAUGACGGGGAAUUGGCCACUGGGAUUGUCGAUUCUCAAGAUAUUCGGCCAGCACGCGCCAUCACCCGUAUGGACUCCAAGUACAGAUUUUCUCCUUCUUCUCAUGUCGAGGUCCAUCAUGAAGAUAGUUGGUGGCCUGGUGUUAUUGUUAAGGUUUUAGGUAGUGGAAUCAACAAGAAGUAUGUGGUGAAAUUGAAGAAUCACGAGACAGACAUGGAAGACGUGCAACCUGUGGAUGUUUUGACGGUUCAAAAUACGCAACUAAGGCCACGGUUUGACUGGGACGGUAAAAAAUGGGUACGCUGCGUGAAAGAGCCUUCACACCAAAAUUAUGUCCAUGAAAUGCAUCCAUGUCAGAAAUCUUCUCGAAAAAGGCUAGUUUCCGCCUUGUAUGAUGACUCUGAUAAAAUCAGUAAUGAACGUGAUUCUCAUCGUGACAAAAAGUUGAAGAAUGAAGAUGUGAUAUCAGGAAAAAAAGCUCCUCUUUCUCUGUCCAUUUGCAAUGAGAACAAUGAAAUUACUCAUAAUCAACGGAAUGCAGUAUUGGCAUUACGGUCUGAGCUAUCACUUCCUUCACUGCCACCAAUGGCAGCACUUAACCAGCUGAGUUCAUCUUCACUUGCUCCAAGCUGUCAUCUGGAACAAUCAUCUUCUCAGAUGAUUGUCAUACCAUCUACGCCAGAAAGUUGGCAGUUACGGGCUUUGUUGUUUGCAGCGUUUGGACAACCAACAGCUGACUCACAGGACCAACUAUUAGGUUCAGAAGAGGGUAGUGGAAUAGAUGAUCUUCAGCAAGGAGGCUAUGUUGGUGAAACUAGUGUUGAGCAGGAUACUGGUGGAGAAUUAUGUCAGAGGUAUUUGGUUAUGGCUGAUAAUGCCAACGUUCCUUUGUUGCCUUCAGCAGAGAGUUGUGAUGCUAAUUUGCACGACAACCGGCUCUCCAAGGACAACACGGCAGCUGCGAUGGAGUGUGUUACUUCUAAUGCUGCUCCAGCAGAGGACUUGUCUCUCAUACCUGUAGCUACUUUAGAUCGUGCUGUACCUAAUCUGUUGCCAGUAGAGUGGGAUUUGGAGGUCAAUAUAACGGAAGAUAUGGAUGAGGAGAACCAUCAAGGGAAUGUGGUUGGGUUAGCCAGCAAUGGGCAUCAUAAUCAGUAUACUAGUGUUGACUGCCCAUUCUCAGCCACAUCUUUAACCGCACUCGAGGAUGACAUGAUUACCACUGAAAGUCCAAGCAGGAAGUUCUUAUGCAGUAGCCAAUCCACCGAGAAGUCGACAGUAACUCGGCUGUCUUCUAUUGGUAUGAGCAAUUAUAGUGUGACAGAACCUUUCGAUGAUAGCUUGGCCACAACAAAUGAUUCUGUCUUUCCCUUGUCGUCGGAAUCUGUAGCUGUGCAUGAGAGUACCAUGGACACGAAUGGCCGGCUUUCAGGAUCCUUGACAAUCCAGCAUCUUCCAUUUGUGAAGACCUCUCCAAUGUGGGCACAUCUUGAGGCACUGGAAAUAUUCAGGAAAGCGCCGCAGCGGCCACAUUUUCGUCAGUUCGAGCAGUAUUGUCCAGAGCUCCGCGAAGGGAUGGCAUUAGGUUUGAUGCACUCCUUUGCCAACUUAGCAGAAAGCAUCAACAUGCUGGAUGUUCAGGGUGACAAAGAAGUACUCGAACAGAAGAUGAAGAGCCUUGCUUUGCUCGAGGAGAAUGGUUUCGACGUCACGUGCCUGAGAUCACGAGUGGAAACUUUACUUGCCACAGAUAAUACUCGCGUCGAAAAGCUGGAGGAGAAGAUUGCUCGCAUAGAAACCUACGACCAAGAACUCGGCAUGCAAGUUCGCGCGCUAGCUAUGACCGUCCAUCGUCUCGAACUGCAUGCGUAUCUCAUGCGCAACAUGGUGCGGUCCGCCAUCAAGCGGAAGAUGAGCAAUGCUGUGAAGAUCUCAAGACUCAAGGCCGAAGCAAACGAUCUUGAGAGAUCAUAUCUUUCCAACGCCGCGCCACGGUGAGUUUGGUCUAUGGUGGGAGCAUGUCAGCACGCUUGUGAAUAGGUAGUUACCACAACACCAAGCUAGUUGUUGUGUUUUUACUAGUUCGUAAUGCUAUCCAGCAGAUCGCCGUGUGACGGGCGAGUCUUUUGUGUAUGUUGUUGGUAUGUUUCAGGCAGUUAUCUGUGAAAUUCCGUGUAAGCUGAACCUGGACAGUACGUGCUUGGGCUACUGAAGUCACCUUUGGUAUUGCGUACAUGUCAUAGUAGUGUGCUGCUCUGUUCUGUGAUUCAUAGUCUUC